AUGGCCCAGAUUCAAAUACCUCCUCGCGAUGCUGUGCCAGGUCUCUGUGACGCGAAAGGACCGGAGCCUGGCGGCUUUGCAUACAACGAUCAGAUUUGGAUUAAAUACGGCGUGACGGUGAGGUUGGCGGAAGCCGCGAUGCAAAAAUAUGUACACGAAAAUGCGGAUCUUGCUAUCGUCCAUAUUCCCAAAGUUUUCGACGCUUUCCGCACAUCUCGGCCGGGUCAUCCACCCAUGACAUACAUCAUCAUGGAGAAUGUGAAGGGCAGGGAUUAUGUUGACUUCAACAAGGAGCAUCCGCAAGCAGCCGAGCAAGCAAUGGAGGCCGUCGCGACCGCUGUCCGCCAUAUUUGGGAUAUUCCACUACCACCGAGCGUACCACUAGGACCUUUUGACCAACAGAUGCCUAUCGAUAGAUUCUUCGCGGACUUUGGGGCAGGUCGCACUUUUAACGAUUUGGCAGAGCUGGAGGACUGGAUCAACAAGAAGCUGGACGAAGCAGAGUAUCCAGAUCGGGUUGAAUUGCGAGGGGAGCGACUUUCCAUCUGCCAUUGCGAUCUUACCCAGUUCAACAUUAGAGUUGGCGAGCGAAUUGCUCUUUUAGACUGGGGGUUCUCAGGUGUCUAUCCUCGGGCCUUUGAAGAAUUUGCUCUGCUUCACCAAUUCAACCUGCGGGGCCACAAAUUUGCAAAAGCUCUACACAAACAACUUUUUGGGCCAAAACUCUCCAAGCCUAUGCGAGCCUUGGCGCUUGCAGCAAGAUACCACGCUUUUGGGUGCUAG